GUGAUGGAAUAUCUAAUUGGUGGAGAUGUCAAAUCUCUCUUACAUAUAUAUGGUUAUUUUGAUGAAGAAAUGGCUGUAAAAUAUAUUUCUGAAGUAGCAUUAGCUCUAGAUUACCUUCAUAGACAUGGAAUAAUCCACAGGGAUUUGAAACCAGAUAAUAUGCUUAUUUCUAAUGAGGGUCAUAUAAAACUGACAGAUUUUGGCCUUUCCAAGGUUGCUUUGAAUAGAGAGAUUAAUAUGCUGGAUAUUCUUACAACACCAUCAAUGCCUAAACCCAAACAGGAUUAUUCAAGAACUCCAGGGCAAGUUUUAUCUCUCAUCAGCUCUCUAGGAUUUCAUACACCAAAUGAUGAGAAAAUGCAAGAAACGGUUGAAGCUAUGUCAAGCCCUGUAUCUGAAAUUUCACAACUUUCUAAGGAUUCUCCUUGUCCUAUGUCUAUAGAUCAAAAGGAUAAUGCUUUAUAUUCAAGUAAACUUCUUCAAUCAUGUCUUGAUACUGCUGUUUUAAACCCUGGGAUGCCUGUGAAGUAUUUGACUCCUAAUCUAAUACAAUCCAGAAAUACUCUUGGUACUUCUAGUACCAGUAGCCAGUCUCAAACUUUUGUGUCUAGUUUGGAGUCUGAGUGCUGCAGCAGCCCCAGAUGGGAGCAAGAUAACCAGGUUAAAGAAAGUGAUGAUGCUGUGAAAAUGAGUAAUGAUGCAGUGGAAAAGCCUUCAAGUAAUAACCUUGUGAAUGCUAAAGAAACCAAAAGUUUAAAAAAAAAGGAUCUUGAGUCAGCCAUUUCUCCAAUUGGUGUUAGUAAUAGUUUUAUGCCUGCUGAUACUGGGAAUGCUUCAUCCAUUACUUCAGAAGCCAAAAAUCUUGUUAGAAAAUGCCUUUCUGAAAAUAAAGUUUGGGAAGCAAAAGAGCUUUUAAUAAAUAAAAAUUGCAUGAGUGCUGAGACUGUAGAGCCUGGUUUCCAGCAGCCACAUCAUUUUUUAGUGGAUUCUGACAAAGAUGAAAUGGUUAAGAAGCAUGAAGAAAAAAAAGGUUUAAAGAGGAACUUUAAAUUAGUUGAUUCUAGCCCCUGUGAGGAGAUUAUCCAGAACAAAAAAAGCAGUUCAGAAUACAGACGUGGUUAUACCAUUGAUUUUUAUUCAAAGCAAGAUACAGGUUUGACAUCUGACAUUCACUGCCUUGUGUUAUCUGGAGACAGAAGCCAUCAAAUUGACUAUGAUAAUAAGGAAAAUAUUCACAACAGUUCUGUUUGUGAGCAACAGACACCAGAAAGUUCAGUUAGUGAGAUGAUAGAGAAAAAUCUUAUGUGUGAACUAGAUGAAGACUGUGAAAAAAACAGUAAGAGGGAUUCUUUGAAUUCCAGUUUUCUAUAUUCUGAUGAUGAAAGAGCUCAGAAAAGUAUAUGUAUGGAGUCUGAUACAUCUUUUCCUGGAAUGUCUGUUAUUGAAAGCUCUUUAGAAAACCACUCCUUAGAUCAAGAUAAAAGUAUUAAAGAAUUCUCUUUUGAAGAAUCAAAAAUUGAACACCUGCCAAACUGUCAGGAAAAUAACUUGCCCAGAGAGGAUAUCCAGGAUGCUAAACUUUACAACAUGUUAGCCCCUUCCUCAUCAGAAGUGGUGAAAGCAUUCAAUCUAUUUAAGAAAAAUGCUGUCGUUUUUCGCAGUUAUAACAGUCAAAUAAAUACAUCCAAUACAUCUGAACCAUCAAAAAUUAGCAUUGCUUCUUUGGAAAGAAUGGACAUCUCCUAUGCUUAUACUGGUUCUUAUCCCAUGUCAUGUACUCCUGCUCAAAAAGAUAAGUCAUCUUUGGCAUAUCAGACUCCACGUCAGACAAAGUCAGGGACUCCAUACCGAACCCCAAAGAGUGUGAGAAGAGGAGCAGCCCCAGUGGAUGGUGGACGAAUUCUUGGAACCCCCGACUACUUGGCCCCUGAAUUGUUGUUGAGCAGUUCUCAUGGUCCUGCGGUCGAUUGGUGGGCCCUUGGAGUUUGUUUAUUUGAGUUUCUAACAGGAAUUCCACCCUUCAAUGAUGAAACACCACAGCAUGUGUUCCAGAAUAUUUUGAAAAGGGAUAUUCCUUGGCCUGAAGAUGAAGAAAAAUUGUCUGAUAAUUGUCAGAGUGCAAUAGAAGUUCUUUUAACAAUAGAUAGUUCAAAAAGAGCUGGACUAAAAGAGCUAAAACAGCAUCCUCUCUUCAAGGAUGUGGACUGGGAGAAUCUACCGAAUCAAACAAUGCCUUUCAUACCUCAACCAGAUGAUGAAACCGACACUUCCUAUUUUGAAGCCAGGAACAAUGCUCAGCACUUGACUGUCUCGGGAUUUAGUCUAUAGCACUACAAGAAGAUAACUAACUUUACUGUUUGAUCAAUCUUGUGAUAACAAUGGGCUUACAUUUUCUGUUAAUACCAGAAUAGGUCAGUAGCUUAGGGAAAAUUGCCUGUUAAUUUGCAUAGUCUGUUUUUGAUUUAUAGUGACUACAGAUACACAGAUUUGUAAAAUCACUAGUUUAAUCUUCUUCUCAGAGAUUACUGUUUGUCUUUAAAUUUGCAUUUUUUUUCAAUCUCUUUCAGGUUAUAAAAGUCAAUAGUUUAUCUUAAACCGAGAAAUUAUUGUACAUAUACUCAAAUUUCCUUUUUCUACUUUUUUUUUUUUUUUUGCACUUUAUAAAAGCUAAAGUAUUAGCAAAACUGAAAUGUCACUUUGGAGAGAGUGAACAUGAUUUCCCUCCCUCCCCCUUAUUUGCUGCUCUUAAUGCAUCCAGUUUCUAGAAUUGUUUGCAAUGAAAAAUAUAUUGCUAAUGUACCUAAAUGUUAGAUUUUAAUUACUAACAAAAUCCUGUUCUCAUCCUCAAUAUGCUGAGGUUUGUCUAAAAUAAUCUGUCAGAAUUCACGUCCAAACAGAGCAGAAAACUUCCACCAUUCUAUAGUAUAAUUCUUUUGAAGAAUACUAGGAAUGAACAAAAGAAAUACAGAUUAGCAACCUAGGUCAGUUACAGCUAGGUAUUAUGCUUAGUAAUGUUGCUGGAAAACUUUGGACUUCCUGCAUUUGUAGCAUUUUUAUAACUUUAUUCAGUUUUAACAGUGUUUUGAUAUUUUGUCUGUCUAAAAUGAUCUGGAAAAAAUAUUCAUAAGCAACAUUGAUAGCCUACCUCUGUGACUAAUAAAAUUAAUUAUAACAAAUUUUAAUAGUUCAUGUAUCACUCUGAGGAAGUACCAGCUUUUAUAAAAUCAGUGUUAGUCAAAAUUUUUAAUGUAGGUUUUUGAAAUCUCAUCUUUAUUCAGAAACCUUGGGCACUUUGUUAAAAAGAUAAAAGCAAAUGUAAAAUUGUAAGAGACUGAAUGUAGAUUUUCUGCUAAUAGAGAAAAUAGUUAAAUACUGUAUUCUCAAACAUUUGUUGGGUAGUAAGACUAUCAGAGAGGUACUAGUUGUGUUAAAGAUGUAGUGGAACAUUACUGUACUAUGAUGGAUGCUGCUGACUGUCUUUUUGUAUCCCCAGCACCCAACACGGUGACUUGCACAUAGUAGAUACUUUUAUUUAAUUUUUCUUUCCCUUCUUUAGUCCUCAAGAGCUUCCCAUCUUUAUCUCUUCCUUAAACAAGUUCUUUCUCCCCCUUACAUAAAAUGGAUCCUCCAAUUUGUGCCUCUUUUGCCUUCUGUCUCCCUACAAAUUUUAAUUCUUUCCCAGUUUUCCCUUGACACACCGCUCUUUUCUUCAUGCCCUCUAUAGUCCUUCCAAUCUUACUGUGGCUUUAUUUCCUCUAGUUGCUGCUUUCAGUGGACUCUUCGAUCACCUCUGCCUUUCUGAAUCUUCUCCCUUUUUUAAGCUCCCUUAGCUAAAAUACCUCGCCCAAGGCCUUUUCUAAAUCCCUCAAAGCUAGGGCCUUGCCCACCUCUGCCUGCCUUCCCCCCCAUCCCCCCAAUUUGUAUAUAGUUGUGUGUACGGGUUCAAUUUCCCCCACAGAAUGUAUAUUCCUUGAGCAUAGCCAGGCAUAAAACCUGGUACAUUGUGGGAACUUAAUAAAUGCUUGUUCUCUGA